AUGUCGGUUGUCUCGAAAAAAGGGAAUGCUAAUUCUUCACUGGCUGAGCAGCCCUCCGAACAGUUAGAUGACAAAGAGGAAAUGCCUUUGAAUGAUUUUCUGUCGGAACAAGGCACAUCGAAACAAGACGACGAAGUAAGCAUUAACUGCAAUAACACGUCGAGUAUUACGACAAUGAUGCCUCUGAGCCGUAAACGAAAUCGUCGUACUUGGACUCUUGUCAGUGGAGAUGGUCACGAUUUUAGAUGCAAUGCAUGUAAAAAAAUUAUCAAAUGCUGUUCACCUACAAAUAUAACUAGACAUUAUGCAAACAAUCAUCCGGAACUAUUGAAAACAGAGGAAAUAUCAGUCGAUAUAUCGAAAGAGUCGACUGAAGCCAUUUUAGAAGAAAAUUCCAAAGAUGAAAUGGUGGCUGCAAAUGAUAUGCGAGUGUCUAGUGGCACCAGAGCAAAUACUGCCAAAAUAGAUUGGUCUUCUCCAUCUAUAAAGAAGAUUUUGGAAAAAAUUGCAUCCAGGGAGUUAACGGAAAAAAUGGGAACAGAUAUGAUCGCAUAUAAAACUGGAUGUCAACUGUCACAAUCAACAGUUCGGAAACGAGUCCAUUGUUUACUUGAAGAGAGAUUUGGUACAUAUUCAUUAUCGAAAAAAAAAAGUACAGCAAUGGUGCAAUCUUCGCAAAUAAACGAUGGAGGAAAUGAAAAAGUUGGAUAUGUAGGUACAAAUCGUACUAGCGGUGGUACGAAAAAGUUCGUUAAAUUAGAAGACAAGAAGAAUCAAAAACAACAAUUAUCCGAUGGAACUGUGACUACAUUUCCUGUGCCGCCAAUUCCACGACAAGUUCGUUCUCUACGACUGAGUCGUUCGUCAAUAGUAAUUCCGGAAAAAGACGAUCCAUCGAAAGUGAGAAUAUAUCGAUGCAGUGCUUACGGACGAGGUAAACAAGGUGCAACAUGCUACUACCGAUGCUCCAAAUGUGACUCCCUUGCAAACAACAAGUUAAAAAAUUCCGGUACAUCAGCAAGUGAGCGUACAAAGCGUUAUUUUGCUCAUAUUAAAACGAAGGAUGGACGAAUAAUCGGAAAUGCCUAUCCAGAACACUUGCCAGAAUGCAAACCAGUACCAAAGGCAGUUCAACAGCUUCAAGAAAUUGAUCGCGCUUGUCGGGCAAGGAUUCAAGCCGGUAAUUUAACACCCGAAGCAGCCAGGAAGCUGGGAGCACUGGUAGCACAGAAAAACCGUGAGUUGAAAAGGCAUAUCCAGGAUGAUGAUACUUUUCCGGAUAAAUGGAAAUCACUUCCUAAGAAAUACAGUCGGUUGUGUCAUCAAGCCGAAAGGAUGAGAAAGCAAAAGAAUCGACAACUUUUAAGAAUGAUGAACAGUGAACAAGGUGAUGGUGAAACCGAAGAAGAUCAGAGUGGCAUUGCACAUGAAGCAGAAAUUAUGAGCGGGCGUUUCAAGCAUCCACCAUUAAUCAUCUUUGAACCAGACGGUCAGGCGGCACGAAUUUACCGGAUAAAUGGAAAAUCGGAUAAGCUCGGUAUAAUCUAUUAUCGAUGUUCAAAAUGUGAUGUUCUUUGCCGAAGACACAGAAGAAUGGGAAAUGUAGAAGGGAUGACUCGAGCAACAGUAAAAGUGGAAGAAGAUGAAAUUCUUGAGAAUAUGUAUCCUGCGCAUCAUGAAGAAUGCGAAGUUUUUACACUUGAUAUGGUUAAAAAUUUGGCGGAAAAUCUUGAUCGCUUCUAUUUUGCUAAGGAUUAUGAAUCCAUUAUCCAUGAUUCUGCUAAAACGGAUCUCAGGUUUGCAGAUGGUACAUUAAUUUCAAAAAAUCAAAUACCUAUGGUUAGUCAUCCCGCCAUUGAGCAUGUUGUUGAAGAUGACGUAGUGGUGGACAUUAGUAAUGUUGCCAAUACCGAAGAAGUGGAUGAUGAAACGUGGGAAACAAUUCUGAAUCAAGAUGUAUUAAACGUUAGAGCGGAAGAUCAUGAAGGACCUAUAGGUGCUACAUGCCAACGCUAUUAUGAAGCAAACCUUGCAUUACGCCGCGAUAUAAUGCGUUGCCUGGAAGAAAUGAGAACACUGCGAACAGAAAUGAGAAAUAUGUUGGAGGAAGGGAAAUUGCAGUAUAUGGAAAUAGAUGAUGAUCAUUACGAAGAAAUUAUUGUUGAUGAAAAUUGCUGA